GCCGGCGCCAUGGCCGAGGUGGCGGACGGGUCGCAGCCGGAGGACUGCCCGGGAACCGGCAGCGCCCAGGCGGGUCGGGCCGCCGCAUGUCAGGGAUGCCCCAACCAGAAGCUCUGCGCCGCCGGCGGCGCCGCGACGGACCCGGCCGAGGCGGCGGAACUGAGGGAGCGGCUGCGCGGCGUGAAGCACAUCGUGGUGGUGCUCUCCGGGAAGGGCGGCGUGGGGAAGAGCACGUUCAGCGCGCUGCUGGCUCGCGGGCUGGCGGCCGACGAGGGCAAACAGGUUGCUCUGCUGGACGUCGACAUCUGUGGGCCGUCCAUCCCUAAGAUGAUGGGUCUGGAAGGAGAGCAGGUUCAUCAGAGUGGAUCAGGAUGGUCUCCAGUGUAUGUUGAGGAAAACUUAGGUGUCAUGUCAGUGGGGUUCUUGCUCAGUAGUCCUGACGAUGCUGUCAUCUGGAGAGGACCAAAAAAAAAUGGGCUGAUCAAACAGUUUCUUCGUGAUGUGGACUGGGGUGAAGUUGACUACCUGAUUGUAGACACCCCUCCAGGGACCUCAGAUGAGCACCUCUCAAUUGUGCAGUACCUCAGUGCGUCGCAUAUAGAUGGCGCUGUUAUAAUUACGACCCCUCAGGAAGUCUCACUUCAGGAUGUUCGGAAAGAAAUCAACUUCUGUCAUAAAGUGAAACUGCCAAUCAUAGGUGUUGUGGAGAACAUGAGUGGCUUUAUAUGUCCAAACUGCAAGAAAGAAUCUCAGAUCUUUCCCCCAACUACUGGAGGUGCAGAGAAGAUGUGCCAGAACUUAAAUGUUUCCCUCCUGGGAAAAGUGCCUCUAGAUCCUCAAAUAGGAAGAAGUUGUGACAAAGGUCAGUCUUUCUUGUCUGAAGUGCCUGAGUCUCCAGCGACAUCAACUUACAGGAACAUAAUUCAAAGGAUUCAGGAGUACUGUGAUCAGCACCAUUUUCAAGAAGAAAAGAUUAUCUGAACACAAUAAAAAUAUGCUUCAUGUGUAAUUACAGAAAAGUAACUUAUGCCUUGCCUUGACUUAAUAUAAGGAAUGUAUUCUUUUUGUAUUCUGCAAAUAAAUCCUUAGUAUUAA